UGAACAUUGUUCUCACCGGGCGCCUCAGCAGCGCCGUUCCUGCCUUAGCUCCUGCUUCCGGCAGCCUGGUCUCCUCUGCUGACUCUGCUGGCCCAGGGCCCUGCCUCGCUCAGCACCGAGCCAGCCUCGGCCCUGCCUGGCGUCCUGGCCCCCACAGCUGACCACCCAGUCUCUCCACCCCAACUUCCAGGAGAAGACUGACUGGCCUCACCUGGGUCAGGUGUCUGUGGCUAUGCCGCCUGCAGCGGGAAACUGGAGCAGCACACGGAACGACGCGGUGUCAUCUACAGCCCAGCCUGGCCCCUCAACUACCCACCGGGCACCAACUGCAGCUGGUACAUCCAGGGUGACCGUGGGGACAUGAUCACCAUCAGCUUCCGCAACUUUGACGUGGAGGAGUCCCACCAGUGCUCCCUGGACUGGCUCAUGCUGGGCCCAGCGGCUUCGCCCCGCCAGGAGGCCUUCCGGCUCUGCGGCUCCGCCAUCCCACCCGCCUUCAUCUCUGCCCGGGACCAUGUUUGGAUCUUCUUCCACUCGGACGCCUCCAGUUCCGGCCAGGCCCAGGGCUUCCGUCUCUCAUACAUCCGAGGGAAGCUGGGCCAGGCAUCCUGCCAGGCUGACGAGUUCCGCUGUGACAACGGCAAGUGCUUGCCGGGCCCGUGGCAGUGCAACACCGUGGAUGAGUGCGGCGACGGCUCUGACGAGGGCAAUUGCUCGGCGCCUGCCUCCGAGCCGCCGGGCAGCCUGUGCCCCGGGGGCACCUUCCCCUGCAGCGGGGCGCGCUCCACACGCUGCCUGCCCGCCGAGCGGCGCUGCGACGGCACUCAGGACUGCGGCGAUGGCUCCGACGAGGCUGGCUGCCCCGACCUGGCCUGCGGCCGGCGCCUGGGCAGCUUUUAUGGCUCCUUCGCCUCCCCAGACCUGUUCGGCGCGGCCCGUGGGCCCUCGGACCUUCACUGCACGUGGCUGGUGGACACACAGGACCCACGGCGCGUGCUGCUGCAGCUGGAACUGCGGCUGGGCUAUGACGACUACGUGCAGGUAUACGAGGGCCUGGGCGAGCGUGGGGACCGCCUGCUGCAGACGCUCUCCUACCGCAGCAACCACCGGCCCGUGAGCCUCGAGGCCGCCCAGGGCCGCCUCACCGUGGCCUACCACGCCCGUGCCCGCAGCGCCGGCCACGGCUUCAACGCCACCUACCAGGUGAAGGGCUAUUGCCUUCCGUGGGAGCAGCCGUGCGGGAGCAGCCGCGAGGGCGACGUGGACGACGCGGGCGAGCAGGGCUGCUUCUCGGAGCCGCAGCGCUGCGACGGCUGGUGGCACUGCGCCAGCGGCCGGGACGAGCAGGGCUGCCCCGCCUGCCCCCCCGACCAGUACCCCUGUGAGGGUGGCAGCGGCCUCUGUUACACGCCGGCCGACCGCUGCAACAAUCAGAAAAGCUGCCCCGGUGGCGCUGACGAGAAGAACUGCUUCUCCUGCCAGCCGGGCACCUUCCACUGUGGCACCAACCUGUGCAUCUUCGAGACGUGGCGCUGUGACGGCCAGGAGGACUGCCAGGACGGCAGCGACGAGCACGGCUGCCUGGCGGCCGUGCCCCGCAAGGUCAUCACCGCCGCGCUCAUCGGCAGCCUGGUCUGCGGCCUGCUACUCGUCAUUGCCCUGGGCUGCGCCUUCAAGCUCUACUCCCUGCGCACGCAGGAGUACAGGGCCUUUGAGACCCAGAUGACACGCCUGGAGGCUGAGUUUGUGCGGCGAGAGGCACCCCCGUCCUAUGGGCAGCUCAUUGCACAGGGCCUCAUUCCACCUGUGGAGGACUUUCCCGUCUACAGUGCGUCACAGGCCUCGGUGCUACAGAACCUUCGCACGGCCAUGCGGCGGCAGAUGCGCCGGCACGCCUCCCGCCGCGGGCCCUCCCGCCGCCGCCUCGGCCGCCUCUGGAACCGGCUCUUUCACCGACCGCGGGCACCGCGCGGACAGAUCCCGCUGCUGACGGCUGCGCGCACCUCACAGACGGUGCUGGGCGAUGGGCUCCUCCAGCCGGCACCGGGGGCUGGCCUAGACCCCCCGGCACCCCUAACAGACACAGGCAGCCCAGGGGCAGCCGGGGAGGGGCCCCCCGGCGCCCCUAGCCACGCACCGGAGGUGGGGCCUUCUGUGCCGCCCUCCUCGGGCCUGCGGGACCCAGAGGCCAGGCCAGUGCACAAGGACAGGAAGGCCGGCAGGGACCCUCUGGUGGACAACCCAGCCCCUGUGGACAUGCCUCGGGCGUCCUGCUCGGCCCAGGGCCCUCACCCCCCGGCCCCCACUGCCGGCAGCACCCUAGGCCCCCACCCACCAGAGCCACUGGGUGUCUGCAGGAGCCCCCCGCCACCCUGCUCCCCAACGUUGGAGGCCAGUGACGACGAGGCCCUGCUGGUCUGCUGACCCGCCGGACACGCUGAUGACCGCCACAGCCCCGCUGUGUAACCAGGGAAUACAUAGUCGUUUCUA